AUGACAGUCAAGUCUACAUAUACUCCCCAGUCAUUUGAGUUAUACCAGCAGCUCCAGCCACAAACGGCAUAUACAUAUAAGCUUAUUCAGCUUCCACCCGAACUUUUGUCAUGCAUUGAAGCAAAAUCUCCCCUUAACAUCAAAUCGUCUCGCUUGAAGAACGACCUCACCUUGGUAUCUCAGGAUAAAACAUGGAAGCUUCGUCAAAUGGAUCAAACGGAUACAGUGCUUCUUAUGGAUUGUAAUGUGGUUCCUGGCUCUCUUGUUGGCCUUACAAACUUGCCCUAUGAGUAUGAAUUAGUAUCCACCAAAAUACUUAUCGAUGUGUCCAAAAUCCCCGUGUACAAAGGCGAAUCAAGCUUAUCUACCAUGUCCACAGAUAUUGUCACGUGCAGCCUCUCUAAGCUUAUUGAUGAUACACCAAUAUCUACCGAAGAGUUCUAUAAAGAGUGGUAUGAAGUAGGCGGGUGCGAGAUAAACGGAUGUUGUUUUGUCAUCGAUGAUUCGCUUGUAACCAAGUUUCUUCAUACAUUCUUAACGGUCGUCAUAUCAAGCAAAAUUGACUACAAAUCAGGAAUCCUUGACCUCGAGAAGUUUAGUGCCCUUCUAGAGCCUCAUGGGUUCAUUGCCGAAGUCAGCAAUACACUUUUCCAUAAGUUUUGCCGGUUGAACCUGGACCACAAAUACACUAUACACAACGACAAGAUUGCCAAGUGGUUCGGUAUACAAACACUUAAAUCGGCUCGGCUGUUUGAUAUUGAUGACUUCAACCUUCAGUGGAAGAACCAGUUUCCCAAUUUCUACAACGUCCCUUUGGAUGUGAAGAUGCUCCGAGGCCAUUUGUACAAAACAGCUGGUUCUUCACGAAUUUCGUAUCUUUCAGAGUCCUCCCUUCUGUCGGAUAUUGUCCAACGUAUUAGGGAGCUAUUUAAGUUGGCAUCAGAGUGGGAAAUCGAUGAUAUAGCCCCUUACGUGCAGAAGUUUAUGAUCAACAAGAAGCUCGAAACCGGCCUACUAAAGUAUGCCAAAGUGCGAAAAGUCGGAAAAUCCAAAAUUGUUUGUCCAAGAUGA